AAAUGGUGGAUCUAAUGAAGGUUCGGUGAAUACAUAACUGCGGUGAACAUCACGUUGUCCCGCUGAGUGAUAUAAAUGUGCCAAUCUACACUGCGCUUUAAUUGACAUAAAAUUAAAAUUACAGUAAGUGAGCUCAAAGACCGAGAGAAAUGAAAACAGCAUUGACGAUAUUCACUAUAGCGUUUGGUGCAUGCUUCCUGUACAUCAGCCUGACUCGUGGUGAAGUUCACCCUCGUCCAAAGAGAAACGUGUUCCAGUUUGCUACUAUGAUCAUAGCAACCACAGGGAGGAAUCCCUUUGACUACAACGGCUACGGCUGCUGGUGUGGUCUGGGGGGGAAGGGAAAACCCAAGGACGAGGUGGACAGGUGUUGUCAGGUCCAUGACUACUGCUACAAGGCGCUGUAUGACCGGGGAUGUUUUAGUCCUGUGUUGAACGGGUAUAAGUACACGCUGGAAGAGAACAUCAUCUGUCUUAAGGACAAAAACGACGAUUGUGAGCAGGGAGGGUGUGAAUGCGACAGAGAAGCAGCGCAUUGCUUCGGCAAUAACACCUACCACAAACAAUACAAGCGAUGGCCACAGAGACGUUGCUAAUGCUGCACACAGACAAGACAAGACCAACAGGGCGUCCUGUCCGCGGAAAGACGUUAUGAAUUAUCUCGCAUUUUGCUCUAAAUUAUUGUUCAGUGUGUAUUAUUUAAAAUAAAAUAUAACUUCAAAAU